AUGGCGACCACCAUUCCCGGCUCGCUCGUCAACAAGGCGAAGAAGCACUUCUUGGGCAUGCCCGCCCCUUCGGGUUAUGUGCCAGGAGUGGGUCGAGGUGCCACCGGCUUCACAACCCGGUCUGAUAUCGGUCCAGCUCGAGAAGCCGGCCCGGAGGCGGAGAUCACUGUCGGAGGAGCCCCGCCGCCAACGAAACGAUCGAACGAUGAACGUGACGAGGCGGAAGAUCUCAGCGAGGCUAACUUUGACGAAUUUGAGGGUUAUUCCGGCUCUCUUUUCUCCAAGGAUCCCUAUGACAAAGACGACGAAGAAGCUGACGAAAUUUAUCACCAAGUCGAAGUCAGGCAGGACGAGAAAAGAAAGGAUUAUCGUGAGAAGAAAUACGCCGAGAUGAUCGCAAAAUAUCGUAUGGAGAGGCCAAAGAUCCAGCAGGAAUUUUCCGAUUUGAAGCGCCAGCUGGCAGAUGUCUCCGAGGAAGAAUGGGCAGCAAUUCCGGAAGUCGGCGAUGCGAGGAAUAAGGCAAAGCGCAACCCGAGGGCAGACCGUUUAUCGGCUGUCCCGGACUCUAUCCUGCAUCAGGCAAUGAACAUCGGCGCCUCUACAAACAUGCUGGAUGACCGGGUUCAAUCCGGAAUGAUGACACCAAUGAACACUGGGCUGAUGUCGACUAUUGGCGGCGGGACAGCUAGCAGCAUCCUCGGUCCCGGAAUGAUGAGCACACUUGGCGGUAUGUUAACCCCGGGCUGGAAGUCCGGCACGAAGACUGGCGGUUCGUCUGACCUCGAUUUGAACAAGAUCGGUCAAGCUCGUAACAAAAUUAUGGACAUCAAAUUGAACCAGGUUUCCGAUUCUGUGACCGGUCAAACUGUCGUCGAUCCCAAAGGCUACCUCACCGACCUCCAGUCGAUGAUCCCGCAAUACGGUGGCAACAUCAACGACGUCAAGAAGGGCCGCAUGUUGCUGAAGAGUGUGCGCGACACCAACCCCAAGCAUCCGCCCGCCUGGAUCGCGUCCGCUCGUCUCGAGGAGGCCUUCGGAAAAUUGCAAAUGGCCCGCAAUCUGAUCAUGGAGGGCUGCGACAACAAUAAAAAGAGCGAAGACGUUUGGCUCGAAGCUGUACGCCUUCACCCUCCGGAUGUGGCCAAGUCGAUCGUUGCCACAGCUGUCGGCCAUAUCCCGCAUUCCGUUCGGAUCUGGAUCAAGGCCGCCGAUUUGGAGAUGGACUUGAAGGCCAAGAAGAAGGUUUUCCGCAAGGCUCUCGAGCAAAUCCCGACAUCUGUCAAGCUGUGGAAGGCCGCUGUGUCUUUGGAAGACCCGGAAGACGCUCGAAUUCUACUCACUCGAGCUGUCGAAUGUUGCAGUGCUAGUACGGAACUGUGGCUCGCGUUAGCCCGUCUGGAGACAUACGAAAAUGCCCGGCGAGUGCUGAAUAAGGCUCGUGAGCACAUUCCCACCGAUCGACAAAUCUGGUUGUCGGCCGCUCGACUCGAGGAGACCAGCGGCCAAAAGGAAAUGGUCGACAGGAUCGUAUCAAAGGCCCUCGUAUCGCUGCGAGCCAACCACGUCGAAAUUAACCGAGACCACUGGCUGAAGGAUGCAACCGACGCCGAGCAUGGCGGUUGCCCACUCACCUCGCAGGCCAUCAUCAAGUCGAUCCUCGGCUUCGGUAUCGAAGACGAGGACAAAAAGGCCACCUGGAUCGAAGACGCCGAGAAUUUUGUGCGCCAAUCGGCCGUCGUUUGCGCGCGUGCCGUCUACGCGUAUGCGCUCAAUGAAAUGCCAAACCGUAAGAGCCUGUGGCUGUCGGCCGCCAGCUUCGAGCGGAUGCACGGCAGCCCCGAUGAAUACGAGGCCAUCCUCGUACAGGCUUGCGAAAAGGCGCCGAAAACGGAGGUGUUCUGGCUGAUGCAUGCCAAGAGCCGCUGGCUUCGUGGGUCGGUGGAAGAUGCUCGACAGAUUCUGGCAAAGGCUUUCGAACACAAUCCGAAUUCUGAAGAGAUUUGGAUGGCCGCCGUCAAGCUGGAAUCAGAGAAUAACCAAUUUGAGAGGGCACGUCGGCUACUUGAAAGGGCCCGGAAGAGCGCGCCUUCAGCUCGGAUAUGGAUGAAGUCGGCUCGGCUGGAGUGGUGUCUCGGCGAGACGGACAAGGCAUUGGAAUUGCUGAAGGAAGGAAUGGAAAAGUACCCCGAAUUCUCCAAGUUCUACAUGAUGAUGGGCCAAAUCUACCAGCAGAUCAACAAAAUCGAAGAGGCUCGCAGGACGUACACCGACGGCGUCAAGCGGUGCCCCCACUCGAUCCCGGUGUGGAUAUUGCUGUCCCGGUUGGAGGAAUCGCAGAAGAACGUGGUCAAGGCGCGUAGUGACUUGGACAAGGCGAGAAACAGGAAUCCAAAGAAUGAGGACUUGUGGAUGGAGGCCGUGCGCCUCGAGACCCGCGCCGGACUAAAGGAGCUAGCGCGUGAGCGCAUGGCUAGGGCUUUGCAGGAGUGCGAUCAGUCCGGCCGCCUCUGGGCCGAGGCCGUCUGGAUGGAGGAGCGACACGGACGGAAGCAAAAGUCCCUCGAUGCGCAAGAUCAAGAAGGUACACAAAUU